AUGAGCUCUACCGCCGAAAUCAUUGCAAAGAAUGCGCGCCUUGGUGGCAACACCUUGAAAACCAUUUCUAACGAAAACCGCUCACGUUUGCUGUACAAAAUACACGACGGUUUGAAAGCCAACGCCAAAUCCAUCAAAGAAGCCAAUCAGCUGGACUUGCAGAAGGCUAAAGAGGACAGCUUGGCGGACUCUCUUUACAAAAGGCUUGACCUGUUUAAAGGCGAUAAGUUCGACACGAUGCUUAUCGGCAUUAAGGAUGUUGCCGAGCUUGAGGACCCCGUAGGCAAGGUUAGGCUUGCGAGGCAACUUGAUGAGAAUUUAGAUCUGUAUCAAGUCACUGCACCAGUUGGAGCACUGCUGGUCAUUUUCGAAUCGAGACCUGAGGUAAUCGCCAAUAUUACAUCCCUGGCCAUCAAGUCAGGCAACGCUGCUAUCUUAAAAGGUGGCAAAGAAUCCGUUCAUACUUUCAGAGAGAUCUCUCGCAUUAUCAAUACAGUCAUUUCUGAAAACGAAGAAAGUACUGGUAUUCCUGCAAGUGUGAUCCAGUUAAUCGAAACUCGCCAGGACGUUUCCGAUCUGUUGCAACAAGAUCUUUAUAUUGACUUGGUCGUCCCUCGUGGCUCUAAUGAGCUGGUGAGAAAGAUCAAGUCCAGUACGAAAAUUCCUGUUCUGGGUCACGCAGACGGCAUCUGUUCAAUCUAUUUGGAUAGCGAAGCAGACUUGGCAAUCUCAAAGCGUAUAACCAUUGAUGCGAAGACUUCCUACCCCGCAGGAUGUAACGCAGUGGAGACUAUUCUUGUAAAUCCUGAAAUGCCCAAAUGGUGGGAAGUUUUAGAGAACCUGUCUAAGGUUGGUGGGGUUACUCUUCAUGUCUCUGCCGAUGUGAAAGCCUCUUAUCUUGACUUUUUGAAGCAAUCUGGGGCUCAGGAUGACGACGCUCAAGGCAAAAUUGUAGAUGCCGAUGAAUCUAAAGACUUUGACAGAGAGUUCUUGUCUCUAGACUGUGCCGUCAAAUUUGUUCAUUCAACCGAGGAUGCUAUUGCUCACAUUAAUCAACAUUCGUCUAAACAUACAGAUGCUAUCAUAACAGAAAACAAGGCUAAGGCUGAACUUUUUAUGAAAGGCGUCGAUUCAUCGGGAGUUUACUGGAAUGCUUCCACAAGGUUUGCGGAUGGUUUUAGAUACGGUUUUGGAACAGAGGUUGGUAUUUCCACAAGUAAAAUUCAUGCUCGCGGACCUGUUGGACUUGAUGGCCUGGUCAGCUACCAAUACCAGCUCAGGGGUAACGGGCAGGUCGCUAGUGACUACAUCGGCUCAGGCGGAAAAAAAGCUUUCAUACACAAGAAUCUUGACAUUUCGAAUUUGCGCCUGUAA